AUGCUGCUCUGCUGCUCCCCCACCCUCCGACUUAGUCCCUCCUCCACCUGCACCACACGCACCCCUCCUCACCGACUCACUCACUCACUCACUCACUUCGGUGGUGCCCCACCCCUCGCGUCAUUCUCACAGCUUCACCAAACAUCCUCACUCUCUUCUACCGUUCCGACCUCAUCCCCUCUCAUACAACGGUUCAGCCGCCACCCAUCAUUCAUCACCCAUCAUCACCACCGUCUCAUCACUCACUCACUCACUCUACCCCACUCCACUCCACCACUCGACCUAACACAAACACACACACACAACCGCGACUCCCAACUUCCCUUCCCACUGACACUCCCAAGAAAAAGGGGCCAACUCAGCCAACCAGGCAUCCCCAUGUCGGCACACGGCAACAUCACAUGGAACCUCCAAAAACUUCUCCUAACGGAUCACACUAGUAUCAUCCUUGAAUAA